GCACCGUGAACACGACUGUAUACACGCCCUCACUCUUCACUCUUCACUCUUCUAUCGUUGUCCAUUGUCGGGACACUCACCCAUCUAGUCAUUGUUUCCAGAAAGAGACGGAAUCAAAGUCACAGCUAGAGCAAGGCACGGCAACAAGCAGAACGGCGCAGAAGCGUCAUCAUCACAAGACACGCGCGCGUCCAUCGUCUCUGGAGAGGGGCCAUCAAUACACACGCUCCGACACGCACACACGAAACACAAGCACGCAUCCCACACUCACAAUGGCGCCCAACCUGGAUCGCCCACGACGACAGCGCCGCCUUUCCAACGUUACCAACUCCUCCUUCUCGUCGACAUCCCCAGAGCGCGAAGUCGACGAUGACAACGACUCGUUCAUGCUCCAGGCCAACGAUUCGCAGUCAUCCGUCGCCGCCUCGCUCGACCUGAUGGACGGCGCCAACUUUGAAGAACGAUGCCGCCUGGCUCCUGUUUAUCGCCUACCCGCCGAAUUGCUCAUCUCCAUCUUCGGCCGCCUUGCAUCGACCAAAGACCUCAUGUCAUGUAUGCUCGUGUCCAAGGACUGGGCGCGGAACAGCGUCGCCCUUCUGUGGCAUCGCCCACAGACAAACAAUUGGGCCAGCAUACACAGCGUUGUCAAGUCAAUCCGCAAGACCGAACGCUUCUUCGCCUAUCAGGAUCUCGUCAAGCGCUUGAACCUCUCCACGCUGGCUUCCCAGGUCAGCGAUGGCACCCUGAUGGGCCUGACGGCUUGCAAACGCAUCGAACGUCUAACUUUGACCAACUGCGCCAAGCUGACCGACUUGAGUCUUACCAGUCUGAUCCAUGGAAACCGCAGUCUGAUCGCCUUGGACGUCAGUCAGCUCGAUCAACUCACCGACCGGACUCUGGAGCUCGUCGCUCGUAACUGUGUCCGUCUGCAAGGUCUCAACAUGACGGGAUGCCGUCGUCUCACAGACCAGUCGUUGAUGCUGAUAGCCCAAAACUGUCGUCAGCUUAAGCGCCUUAAGUGCAACAGCUGCUCCCAGUUGACCGACGUGUCCAUGCUGAGCGUCGCCCAAAACAGCUCCCAUUUGUUGGAGAUCGACCUCUACGACCUUCCUCUACUGGAAUCCGAAUCCAUCACUGCCCUCUUGACUCAAUGUCGUCAGCUUCGUGAAUUGCGCCUUGCCCGUUGCCCGCUCAUCACCGACCAAGCUUUCCUGCACAUCCCACCCAAGGCCGCUCCCUUCGAAGCCCUGCGUAUCCUCGACCUCACGGAUUGUCAAGAACUCACUGAUAAGACCAUUGACAAGAUUGUCCAGACAUGCCCCAAGCUGCGCAACCUCAUUCUUGCCAAGUGCAGGCAGCUAACUGACAGAGCCGUGUGGGCCAUCACCAAGCUUGGCAGAAACCUUCACUACAUUCACCUGGGUCAUUGUGCCCGCAUCACCGAUGCAUCCAUCAUCGCUCUGGCCAAGUCGUGCACUCGCAUUAGAUACAUCGACCUGGCUUGUUGCAGUAACCUCACCGACCAGAGCAUCACUCAGUUGGCCAAUCUCCCCAAGCUUAAGCGCGUUGGUCUUGUCAAGUGUGCUGCUAUCACAGACAGAAGUAUCCAUGCUCUUGCUACCUACGGUGGCCGUGUGAUGCAAAAGCCUCGCGACCGUCAACACAAUGUCAGCGCGCUAGAGCGCGUCCAUUUGAGUUACUGCACCCUUCUCACUCUCGAUGGCAUUCACACUCUCUUGAACAACUGCCCUCGCUUGACGCACUUGAGUUUGACUGGUGUUCAAGCCUUCCUCCGCGAUGACCUUACAGUCUUUUGCCGCGAAGCUCCAGCCGAGUUCAAUGACCACCAGCGUGAAGUCUUCUGCGUCUUCUCUGGUAAUGGUGUCUCACGCCUUCGCGAAUAUCUCAACCGUGCAGGUGGCACUGGGCUCGAGACUGGCAUGGUCAACGACUCUGAUGACGACGGUGACAACGCCACUCUUCGCAACCUCCCCAUUCCACCACCUCCACCUCCUCAUCACCCGAACCUUGUUCACACAUGGCACAACCCGGCUUUCCACAACCACAACGACCAAGACAUUGAAGACGAAGACAUGGAAGACGACAACGACGGCACCGACACGCCUAACGAUGGAAUUGGCAUUGGCAUAAUCGACGCUGCUGUCCACGGCCACAUGCUCAACCUCGAUGUCCACUCAACUCCAAACAACGACGCUGAUCAGAUGAUCAGCGGCCCGGCUCAGCAGAACCACGGAGGUGCGCUUUGGGCCGGUGGCAGUGGUGAAGCUCAACAUGUUACUGGCAUGAUGAGCGCCGCUAUGCUGGAUGAUGUCGAGGAGGGAACUCCACAGUGAGGACUAUGCUCUUCAUGGAUAAUCCGUGUUCACGACACAACUUAAUCACAAACACGCAAUGACAUUGGCACAGACUGUGGCUGGCGUAUCUUGCAUCCCAUGGUACUGGGCAACGGAGUAUACUUGCGGGGGGGUUUCUAUUUCUAUUCGACAGGCGUCAAUUUUAUCCCAGGGGAUUCGGACAAAGGAGAUGCAAAACAUAGGAGUCUUUUUUCCGAUGGGGGAAGCGAGCAUGGAUUGGGGAGUUUUUCUUCUUUUCUGUUUAUC